AUGAAAGAAUUUUCUCAUAUAAUUGGUUUAGGAGAUAUAUUUCAAAAUGAAAAAAAAUGUUGGGUUCUACUAGCAAGUAAGUCACCAAGAAGGAUGGAAUUAAUGAGAUUAAUUGGAAUAAAAAAUUUAUAUAUAUGUGAUUCUAAAUUUGAAGAAAAUUUAGAUAAAAACAAAUUUUCCUCUGCUGAAGAUUAUGUAAAAGAGAAUGCAUUGAACAAGGGUUUAAAGGUUGUUGAGCACAUUUGGUUUAAUAAUAAAAAUAAUGAGAAUACUAAAGAAGAUAUUAAUCAUACUGAAAAGGAUGAAACAAAUAAAGAUGAAAGAUCUAUAAAUGAAGUUAACAAAAUUGAAAUAAAUAAAUAUGAAGUGAAAAACCUUUACAGUAAUUAUAACCCAAUACCAUAUAUAAUUAUUUCGUGUGAUACUAUUGUUACUCUAAAAAAUGAAAUAAUAGAAAAACCAUUAAAUAAGAAACAUGCUUAUGAAAUAUUGAAAAAAUUAUCUUCUAAUGUUCAUACUGUUUAUACAGCUGUUUGUAUAUUUGUAUAUAAAACUAAAACACCCAUUACAUUUGUUGAAAAAACAGAUGUACACUUUGAUCAAUUACUUGAAAAAGAUAUUUUAGAAUAUAUAAAUUUAAAAGAACCAUAUGAUAAAGCAGGUGCUUAUUCUAUUCAAGGUAUUGGUAGCCAAUUUAUAAAAAAAAUUGAUGGAUGUUAUUACAAUGUUAUGGGAUUACCUAUUCAUAAAUUAUCAAAAACAUUAACAAAACUACACUUAGAAAAAAAUUUUUCUUAA